AUGAAACAGCGGUUCUCGUCCCUCGAUGUAAAGGUCAUCGCAAACGAACUAGCUAGCUCCCUCACCACCCUGCGUGUCUCCAACAUCUACGACCUCUCCAGUCGGAUAUUCCUUUUCAAAUUCGCAAAGCCAGGCAAACGGGAACAAUUGCUCGUGGACUCGGGCUUCCGGUGCCAUUUGACCUCCUUCUCCCGAACCGCAGCCUCCGCGCCGUCCGCAUUCGUCAGUCGACUGCGGAAAUACCUCAAGAGCAGGCGAGUCACGGCCGUGAGCCAGAUAGGCACGGACCGGGUGAUUGAGAUUACGUUCAGCGAUGGGCAAUAUCGAUUGUUCCUGGAGUUCUUUGCUGCCGGGAAUAUCAUAGUCACGGAUGCGGAUCUCAGUGUGCUGGCGCUACAGCGCCAGGUCAGCGAAGGACAAGAAGAUGUGGACGUCAAGUUGGGUGGCAAGUACACACUCGAGGCGAAGCAGAAUUUCCACGGCAUCCCACCUAUUACAGAAGAGCGGGUGAAGACGGUUCUGGAGAAGGCUGUCCAACGAGCUAAACUCGCGCAGGAGGUUGGUGGGAAGAAGGCGAAGCGAGCAAAAGGAGCGGACGAUCUAAGGAAAGCCCUGAGCGACGGCUUCCCGGAACUCCCAUAUCACCUCCUCGAGCACGUCUUCAUCGAGACAGGGACAGACUCCACUCAGAAGGCAGAUGCUGUUCUGUCGAGUCCCGAGGUGUUGCAGUCUGCGAUCAAAGCCUUACAGCGUGCUCUUGAGAUAUUCAAUGCCCUUGAUGCCGGUCACUCCAAGGGAUACAUAAUCGCCAAGACCAAGGCGGCUCCGUCCGCGGAGGCACCGACGCAGACGCAGACUCAGCCUGCACAGGAACAGGAGGUGAGCAGAGACAGUCUACUGUACGAUGACUUCCAUCCCUUUCGACCUGCGCAGUUUGAGAACAAGCCUGGGCUCCAUAUUCUGGAGUUUGACGGCUUCAAUCGCACGGUCGAUGAGUUCUACUCCUCCAUCGAGUCACAGAAACUGGAAUCCCGCUUGACUGAACGAGAAGAGGCAGCCAAGCGGAAAUUAGAAGCCACGAGGACCGAACACGAGAAACGAUUGGCGGGUCUGCAACAGGUCCAGGACUUGCAUGUCCGGAAGGCACAAGCAAUUGAGGCAAAUACUCACCGUGUUGAAGAGGCAUGUGCCGCCGUCAACGGCUUGAUUGCCCAGGGAAUGGACUGGGUGGACAUUGGCAAGCUGAUUGAGAACGAGCAAAAGCGAGGAAAUGUCGUGGCUCAGAUGGUGAAGCUGCCACUGAAGCUCGAGGAGAACACCGUCACUUUGCUACUGGAUGAACCUAGCUUCGACGAGGGAGACGAGUCGGAUGAAGAAGACAUGACAGACGAUGAGGCCGAAUCAGACGAAGAGCCCGCCACGACGAACAAGCCUACAGCGGGAGAAAGACGGCUUGCGAUCGAUAUUGACCUCGCGCUUUCGCCGUGGGCAAAUGCUCGGUCAUACUACGAAAACAAGAAGCUUGCCGCUGGCAAAGAGAAACGAACCAUGGAGGCGUCGGCGAAAGCCCUCAAAUCCGCCGAGCACAAGAUCGAAGCAGACCUGAAAAAGGGCCUGAAGACCGAAAAGGCCGUCCUCCGCCCUGCACGGAAGCAAUUCUGGUUUGAGAAGUUCUUGUACUUCAUCUCCAGCGACGGAUAUCUGGUGAUUGGAGGGAAAGAUGCGCAACAGAAUGAAUUGCUGUACCGGCGAUACCUGAAGAAAGGCGAUAUCUAUGUCCACGCCGACUUGCAAGGCGCGUCCAGUGUUAUUGUGAAGAAUAAUCCGAAAACUCCCGACGCGCCGAUCCCUCCAUCGACGUUGUCCCAGGCCGGCGCGUUGACUGUGUGUACGAGCAGUGCAUGGGACUCAAAGGCAUUGAUGGGUGCAUGGUGGGUCAAUGCUGAUCAAGUCAGCAAAACCGCUCCGACGGGCGAGUAUCUCACCACAGGCGGAUUCAUCAUCAGGGGCCAUAAGAAUCUGUUACCACCAAGCCAGUUACUCCUCGGCUUCGGGGUCAUGUGGUUGAUCAGCGAUGAGAGUCGAGCUAAUCACGGCAAGCAUCGACUGGAGAGGACAGAGAGCAUGCUGUCUGGAGAGGCUGAGGCCCUAGCCAACGAUGCCCGGGGGUUGUCCAUCGACGAAGACGAUGCUGGAAGUGAAGUCGAGCGGGACGGCCAGCAUGAACAAGCAAUACCAGAUGUGGAGGAGGCUGCCGACGAGGCAGCAGAAGAAGAGAAUGAAGACGAUCGUGGAGUGGACCAAGACGAGGCUCACAAAGGCGAUGCUGAGGUCGAUGAUGAAGAUCAAAACCACGACUCAUCGGCUCCCUCAGAGGUCGAAGACGAGAGAUCAAAUCCGUUGCAGAUGCAGGGGACCAGCGCUGGCAAAGACACCACCAACGAUGAACCCGACGUACAGAUCUCAGCCGAUCGAGACGCCGAAGAAGCGGAGGACGAUGAGGAUGACGACGAACACCAAGAUACCCAAGACACCCCCCAAGAGGCCACCCCUUCGACCCGGCCGUCCACACCAGCCUCUUCAUCCCAUGCCACGGCAGCAGCAAGACCCAAACCCGCACACCUCGCACGCGGCAAGAGAAGCAAAGCCAAGCGCGCGGCGAAGAAAUACGCCGACCAAGACGAAGAAGACCGCGCCCUGGCAAUGCAGCUCCUGGGAAGCACCCGCGCGCAAGAACAGCGCAAGGAAGCCGAAGCGGACAAAGCCGCCAGGGAAGCGAAAGCGCAGGCCGAUCGCGAGAGGAGAAAGGCACAGCACGCCAAAGCCGCUGACCGCGAACGCGCAAGGCGGGAGAGACUGGAGAAAGCGGGAGAUGCUGGGGCCGAAGCCGCCGCGCUAGACGAAGAGGACGAACUCUCCAGGGAACAGCUGGAGCAGGAACGGCAGGAGUUGCUGGCCAUCGACCGGCUCGUGCCCGUGCCGGAACCGGGCGACGAACUCCUCGCCGCGAUCCCCGUGGUCGCGCCGUGGACCGCGCUCACGCGCCAGAAAUACAAAAUCAAGCUCCAGCCCGGGUCGGUCAAGAAGGGCAAGGCCGUCAAGGAGAUUCUGGGAUUGUGGACGUCCCUGGGUUCCCGGGGCCCGAAGGUCGUCGACGAAAGUAAUCGCGAGAGGGAACGUGUCUGGAGGCGCGAGGUCGAGCUGUUGAAGGAGUGGAGGGUCGAGGAGAUUGUCGGGGCCGUGCCGGUCAAGGGGUGUAGGAUUGUGCAGGGGGGCGGCCUGCUGGGCGGGAGCCUUGGUGGGAGUGGUGGAGGUGGGAAAGGGAAGGGCAGCGGUGGCGGGAAGGGGAAGGGGGGCGGGAGGAGAGGGAGAUAA